AUGAUUCAAGAUACACCACAUUAUUUAUCCAUAGAACAAGUCAAAUUUCUCAAUCGUGGGCCUAGUUAUGUUCCACCAUGUCAAAUACAUAUUCUAUCAAAAUCAUCUUUAACAUUAGCUCAAAUGGUUACUAAACAAAUGGUACCACUUCGACGAGAACUCACAAAACUAUUUACGAACUAUUCAGGGGAUCUUCCUCGACGAAUGAAUUUUGAAAAAGAAAUUCAACAAUGCUUCAAUGAUUCAUUUAUUUGCUCAAUGCCUGAUGUACUCGAAGAACGUGCACUCUAUGAACAUCGACUCAUUCAAUCAAUCCGAUAUCAUUUGAAAAAAGAUCAACUUAUUUUAAAACGAACUGCAGAUGAUAUGAAUACAUAUUAUCUGGGUCGAUUGGAUGAAUUUAAUCAGCUAUCAGAUAAUUUUCUUGAAAAUUCCACGUGUUAUGAACUAAUUGAAACGAUGUCUGAUACUCAUACAGAACAAGCAACAAAGUUACAAGAAAUAAUCCUAUCGAUUAAUUCUCAAUUAGAAAAAUUAUAUCAAAGAAAAUUAAUUAAUAAAGAUCAAUUAACUAAAUUUAGUAUCAAUAAAAGAUUAAAAUUGAAAUUGCCCUAUCUCUAUUUCUUACCAGAGACAAAUGCAGAUAUUCAAAUGACAGUUCAACCAAGAUUUUCAUCUUAUCAACAUUCUCCAAUACAACGAUUAGCACAAUAUCUUACACAACUUCUGCGACCAUUAUUCAAUAUUUUUUCACAAUCUACUGCAUUUUUUAAUAGUGGUGAUUUUAUGCAAAAACUACAAUAUUAUUCAACACAAUCCAAUCUUUUCCUACCAACCACACAUUUUGCAACAUUUAAAAUUCAUGAUUUGUAUACAAUGAUAUCGCACAAGAAUCUUCUUGAUGCAUUACAUACAUUCUUAGUAAAUCCACUUGUUAUUGGGCGAUAUGACAAAUUAUCUAUUGAUGCUAUUGUAGAAUUAACUGCUAUAGUUCUUGAAAAUAAUAAUUUCACCUACAAUAACAACAUUUAUCGAUUUAUCAAAGGAGGACCAUUAAAUUUAUCAUUAGUAUAUUUAUUAGCUAGUAUCUAUUUACAUGAUUGGCAAGUUCCUUUAGUUAGAAAUAUUCGAAUAAGAGAUGCAUUUUACGGUCGAUAUAAUGAUACAGGUUUUCUUACAUGGAACGCAUCUAUCAAUGAAUUACAGAAAAUAUUUGAUGAACUUCAACAAGCACUCGAUUCAAAUCUUCAAAUGACCACAUUUAUUUGGAAUGAUGUCCAUUUUCUUCAAGCUUCAAUUGAAAAUCAAAAUGGUCAUUUAUAUACUCGGGUUUAUCAUGAUCUGAUAUGUCAACCAUUUUUAUUACCUUAUGCACAUCGUUAUCCACGAUUAUUUCAUCGACAAUGGUUUCGAGCGAGUCUUCUACGUGCUGGUCAAUAUUGUAGUAAAUUUGAAGAUUUCGAAGAAGAGCGACUUUAUCUUGAAUUAACAUUUCUUGCCAAUGGAUAUUCAUUAGAUUUUGUCGAAUAUCAUUUAAGACAAUUCUUUUCACGUUUUAAUCCAAAGCCACAUGAACCUAUGAAUCUCAAUCCAUAUAAAUAUCUUUCAUUUCAUCGAGAAUUAUUUCGUUGUGUCGAUCAACAAAAACAUGUUCUACAAGAAGAACAAGAAUUACAUAAGAAUCAGCGAUUAAUUCAAUUACAUUAUCUGUUCGAUUGGGGUUCGAGAUGUCAGUUUAAUGAAAAAUUCUAUGAAUGUUGGUCUGAAAUUCUCGAAAAAGAUCCACAUUUUAAACAGUAUGGAUUGAAAAUUAAACUUAAUCCUAAACAUUGCUAUACAUCCAAUAGUCUCUUAGCUCAAUCAAACACACAUACAUGA